GGGAGAUCGAGGGGGUAUGAUGCACGCACACAGACAGUCAUUCACAAGGAAUUCUGCAGCAUCAGGCAGGCCGGUUAGUGCGUGAUUUUCACACAAAGAAGAGGGGGUAAGAGGUACCCACUGAUGAGAGACGUUACUCAACGUUUGAGGGAAAUCCCCGGUGUGCCUGUGUGUGUGCACUACUGCCAGAGAUCUGUUGGGGGACCCGCGACGGCGAGAUGGGCUGUAACCUGUGCACGCUGCAGAAGAGAGAGGAGCACUACAAGCUGCUGUAUGAGAUCGCACAGGUGAAUGGGCGUGAAUUUUCCAAGUCUGGACAUGAGGGAACGGUGGAGGCCAUGCGGAAGGAUCCCAUUGUGGUGCAGGUUUUGAGGCAGGGGCCCUCGGCCCGGAACCAGAGCAGUCUACAGGAAGUGUGUGUGGUGGAUGUGUGCACUCAGACGGACAUCACCUUUGAGCACAUCAUGGCUCUGGCUAAGAUGAGACCCACCACCCCACCUGUGCCAGACAUCUGCCCCUUCCUGCUGUCGGACAGUUGUCAUUCCAUUCAGACUAUGGAGCAUGAAUAUUUUGAUUGUCCGGAAUAUGUGGCCAGCACUCAGGCAGAGGUGGACAGGGCAGUUGAAUUCGAGUGUGAGGAGAUUGAACUCUGUCGAAUGAACAGCCAGGAGAAGCUGGGUCUUACUCUCUGUUACCGCACUGAUGAUGAGGAAGAUACAGGCAUUUUUGUUGGUCAGGUCGAGCUCAACAGCAUAGCUGCGAGGGAUGGACGCAUCAGAGAGGGAGACAGAAUUUUACAGAUAAAUGGUCAUGACGUGCAGAACAGGGAAGAGGCUGUCGCUCUCCUCUCAAAUGAAACUUCCAGAUCCAUUGUUUUACUCGUCACCAGACCUGAUGGACAGAUGGAUGGAAGCUGGCUUGAUGAAGACCAUCAAGAUUUCCUAGAGGAGCUGAAGAUGGAGAUUUUAGAAGAACAGAAAAAGGAGGGAAUUCUUCAAACAGCUGGUUGUGUAAAGCGGUCUAAAAGACAUGAGGAUGCCUCAGCAAGUACAGAUACAGCAACAUGCUCCUCUACCAUUCUGGAGAAGGACAGUGGUGUGAAAUGCAGCUUUGAGGAGAGCUCUGAACAUGAAUCGCUCUCUCAUCCCCAAACAUGGACUCAAAAACAACUUCGGAACAGGUGGGAAGCGGGCUCGCAUUUGGUUCCUAUGGACACCGUAAGCUUGACCAGGCAGGAGAAGGGUCAGGAGGAGGGCAAGUUGAGCGAGAAUGGAGUGGAGUGUGACCAUUUCCAGCAACUCCUGGAGCUCAAGUGCCAGAUCCGUAAUAGUGGAGAAUGCGGGUUGGUCUACAGGCGAAGCAGUACUAUUGAGUGCAGCCUGACGGAGCAGGGUAGAAGUGGAGUGGCACGGGAGCUGCACAUGCUCAACGAAGAGCUGCGCAGCAUUGAACGUGAGUGCCAGAGCAUCAUGCAAGCCCACCAGCUGCGCAGGAGCAAGCACGACUCUCCUCAAACGGAUAAGGAAAGUCGACUGCGUCGUGGCAAGCUUGCGGAUAUCAACGAGCAUCCUGAGAGACUACAAAGCGAGAAGCUCAGAGAUAAAGACAGCUCCAGUGCCUACAAUACAGCCGAAAGUUCCCGCUCAACUCCACUGGGAACAGAAGGUUCACCAGAUCACUCUCUACAGCGUCGAGUCCACCUGACCAAUCAGAGGAACCUUCGGAGUACCCAACACUUGCAGAGUCCCUACAAUAGUCCCAUCUUGUCUUUACCCAGCCAAAGUAGCCCUACUUGCAGUCGUGCCCAUAUGUACACCAGCUCCACACCAUCCUUACAGACCCCCAUCACCAGUCCUGGUUCACAAGGACCCAGCCAGGCCUUCUCCAGCAGCUUGGAGCAAAGCCCCAGCAACCCCUCGGAGUCAGACCCAGCGCUUCCAGCUGAUGAUGAGCUCUGUGAGAAAGAAAGAAACCGGAAUAGGGUUGCAACCGCUCGGCACUACCAAUCCCCCUACCACAGCAACACAACAACAACCCAGCCUCCCAGCACAAGACACUACCAGAGUUGCCUACAGCUCCUACAACAACAUUCCUCUUCUUCUCUGGAGUACUCCCAGAGCCAGCUUAGCCUCCUCAGCCUCCGUGGACGGCCUGGACCCUCGCCACCUGGCCGACUUGAAUGGAAGGUCAAAGUACGAGCAGACGGAACCAGGUAUGUGGCACGUCGGGCCGCACGGGACCGCAUCCUGCGCGAACGAGCCUUACGGAUCCGGGAGGAACGCAGCGGUGGGAUGACUACAGAUGACGACGCAGUCAGCGAGUUGAAGAUGGGCCGGUACUGGAGUAAAGAAGAACGCAAGCAGCAGCUAGCACGGGCCAGGGAACAGAGGCGCAGGAGGGAAUUCAUGCAGAGGAGCCGGCUUGAGUGCCUCAGGGAGACCAUGGGGACGGCAAGUGGAGAGGUCAGCAUCCUGGAGCUCAGCCAUAAGAAGAUGCUGAAGAAACGAAACAAGAAGAUCCUUGACAACUGGAUGACCAUUCAAGAGCUCAUGAGCCAUGGAGCACGAGCACCCGAGGGCACCAAAGUUCACAACGCCUUCCUGUCAGUCACCACAGUUUAGUGAAAAGCAUGACCCCAGGUGGUCUUGGUUUAUGUACUUGCCUCAUUCCAAGUGGCUAUUUUAUAAAGGUGAAGAUGCAGAUAUUUUUCAUGUUUUGUGAAACUGAGU